CAAUGUUUCUCUACUCGUAGUUUAGUCUAUUAUUUGAGUGAACUGCAUGCGGCGUUUUAAACAGUAACGUUUUUGUUUUAUUAUUGCCUUGUGAACAAAUUACACUCGAGGAGAAUUAGGUGAGAUGAACCUUACAGAAUGGGAUUCGAACCCUGGUCUGGGGGUUGAGUACAAACAUGAAGAGAACGAGAGGACAUGUAUGUUGUGUGCACCGAACAGUACAAGGGCAGGGCAUGUGCAGUACUUUCAACAGGUAGACAAUGUUGAAGAUACAGAGGCAACACACAUGUUCUGUGAAAUGGACGUCUUGUGCAAGAUACAAGAUUUCUUUGUGUGGAGGGAAACUGCCAGAUGGGUAAAGUACGAAGAGUUCGUUGAAGAAGGCGGCACACGGUGGUCGAAACCUCACGUUUCUUCACUGUCCAUACCAUUUCUGUCUGACCUGCGGAAAAGUCUGGCCACUUGCAUUUUAUUGCUGGAUUCAAAUGUUUCCAAUGUAAAAGAGCUCUCAGAUUUGAUUCUUGCGAGUUUGAUGUUCAAAAGAGACCUAGAUAACACCACAAGGGAACAAAUUCAUCAGGCAAUAAAUGCACAGCAUGUUUUCCAGCACCAGAAGUCUCACAAAUACCUGUCCGUUCACUCAACAGGUGAUCCCAGGUACAAGACCAUUUUUUCUGACCUGGGCAGAUCAUUUUGUGUCAGGUUUAAGUCAGACACUGUUGACAUAGAGACAACAGCACCAACCAAUCAGAGCACAGAACUGAAUGAAAGCUUUUUAAAGAAAAUUCCACCCAAUGCUAAAGCAGCAAGCAUCAUGGUUGGAGAAUUAGAUUGCCUCACCGAAGAUGUUGUAGCCUUUGUAAGACUUUGUGAGGACAAGAACAUAGGGGAGCUGACUGAGGUUCCCAUCCCUACCAGAUUUAUCUUUAUUCUGCUUGGGCCAACAGGAAGUCAAGCAAACAACUCUGAGAUAGGAAGGUCAAUGUCAACCAUGAUGGUGGAUAAGAAGUUCAGGAAAACUGCGCUUAAGGCUAAGAGUCGGCAAGAGAUUCUGCAAGGGUUUGAUCAGUUCCUGUACAGCCUAACAGCUCUGCCACCUGGUUUGUGGGACCCAAACAUCAGGAUUGACCCUCCCAACAACAAGGCUUCAAAGAUUGCCAGAAAAAUAUCAGAACAUAUCCAUAUGAAAGCUGAACAUGAAAGUCACAAUGAUCCAACCCUUCAGAGAACAGGCAGAUUGUUUGGUGGUCUUAUCGCUGAUGUUAAGAGAAAACGUCCAUGGUAUGCCAGUGAUUUUAAGGAUGCAUUCAGUAUCCAGUGUGUUGCAUCAACUCUUUACAUGUACCUGGCCACUCUCACACCCAACAUAACCUUUGGUGGCCUAUUAGGCAAAGCUACAGAUCAGUACAUGGGCACAAUGGAAUGUAUCCUGGCAGCCUGCAUUGUGGGUGUUCUGUUUGCCUUGUUUUCUGGACAGCCUCUGAACAUCUUAGGCAGCACUGCACCAAUGUUGAUUCUUGAUAUGAUCUUGUUCAACUUCUGCCAAGAUCAUGGUUUGGAUUACCUCCCUUUUCGUGCCUGGAUUGGAAUCUGGACAACAAUUUUGUUGAUAGCAAUUGUAGCCUUUGACCUUUCAGCCCUUGUGAGAUACAUUACAAGGUUUACUGAAGAGAGCUUUGCCUGUCUUAUUGCCCUCAUCUUUAUUGUUGAAGCUUUUACUAAAUUAUUUGGAAUUUUAAAUGAGGUGCCAGUCAACACCCACCCUGGUCAGUUCAUCAACUACACCUGUGGCUGCUACCCACCCAACAGCAGUCUAGUGGAGGUCAACAUAACAUGGCUACAUGAAUUAAUUCUCUACGAUGUCCAGAACCACAUCAGCAGUGUUCUACAGGAGUUUGAUCUAACAGACUCCUUAUACAGCUGGUCCAAUCAGUCUGAGGAUCUUACCCAGUUCAACACUUCCUCCAUCAACUGGAGUGGUCUAGGUGUGGACUACUGUCAGGACUUUGGUGGUGUUUUCAUCCAUGUGGGAUGUGAUGCAGUGCAUUACAUUGCUGAUGCUUUCUUCCUCUCUGUCCUGCUCUUUGCUGGCACUUUUCUUAUUGCGUACAAACUGGCAGACAUGAAAUCUGGCACAUUUUUUCCCACCUGGGUGCGUCAAACAAUCAGCGACUUUGCUGUUCCUAUAGCCAUUGUGUCCAUGGUUGGCGUUGAUGCAGGGCUAGGUAUACCAACACCCAAACUAGAAGUUCCUCCUCAUUUCAAACCAACCAGAGAUGACCGUGGCUGGUUCAUCAACCCAAUCAGUGACAAGAACCCAUUCUGGCUGAUCUUUGCCGCCAUCUUGCCUGCCCUGCUGGCUGUCAUCCUCAUCUUCAUGGACCAACAGAUCACAGCCGUCAUUGUCAACAGGAAGGAGAAUAAGCUGAAGAAAGGCUGUGGCUACCAUCUUGACCUGCUUGUUGUGGCUAUCUGUAUUGCCAUCUGCUCCCUGCUGGGGCUGCCCUGGUAUGUGGCUGCUACUGUGUCUGCUCUGGCCCAUGUCAUGAGCUUGAAGAAGGAAUCUGAGAGCUCGGUUCCAGGGGAGCGUCCAGAAUUUUUGGGUGUCAGAGAGCAGAGAGUUACCUCCCUUCUUGUUGCUGCACUAACUGGUGCAUCAGUGUUGUUCACAUCUAUUUUACAACUGAUCCCAAUGGCUGUUUUAUAUGGAGUCUUCCUUGUAAUGGGUGUGGCAGCACUUAAGGAUAUGCAGUUUGUCGACAGAUUGCUGUUGUUCUUUAAACCAGCCAAGUACCAGCCAGAUUACGUCUACUUACGCCACGUUCCCAUCAAGCGUGUCCACGUCUUCACUUUCAUCCAGAUCCUCUGUCUUGUUGUGUUGUGGGUUUUUAAAACCAUUGAUGAAAUUUCCAUAGCUUUCCCUCUGAUGGUUCUAGGCACAUGUUUUAUCCGCAAGGCCAUGGACUACAUCUUCACCCAGAGGGAGCUGAGAUGGCUGGAUGACCUGAUGCCUGAGGCCACCAAGAAGGCCAAGGAGGAUGAGCUGAAGAACAAGUUACAAGUUGGACAAGAGGACCCAGAUGAUGUUCUGUUAAAUGAUGAGAAUCUAGACAUCUUGUUGGAACUACAAGAAGAGAAACAAAAUGGCAGCAUUUUAACCCACAGGUCACAUGCCAGUUACCACAGGUUAAGUCAAAUGGACCUGAAUGAAGAGAAAAGUUUUGAAGAAGGAAUAGAUGACAUGUGUCUGUUAGAUGAAAACAACAUUUCUGUAACAACAUCAACUCCAUCAACUACAGAUCAAGUCCUUGUCUCAAUCCUAAAUGACGACAAGGCAUCCUAAUGUUGCUCGCCUACUUUUUUUUUUUUUUUUUUACUGUUUGGGUUAGUUUAACUUCUGCGGUGUAGCAUACACUCUUUUUUUUUUAAAA